AUGCCUAAAGCUCAGAAAAAAGCAUAUUAUGCCGUGCGCAAAGGACGCACGCCGGGUGUAUACCCAACAUGGUCAACCCAAGUGAAAAACUUUCAUGGUGCUGUCUACAAGAAGCUCGCCACCGAGACGGAAGCCCUUGCAUUUAUGACCACAGAGUCACAUCUCAACCCUCCUUCAAGACUGUCCUCGUCUGCGGUAUUGUCUCCUACCAUAAGUCCGCCACGGAGUGUGGCGUCAACAUCGUCGACAUUCCGCCCUUCUGCUGCUGCUGUCGCGAACCUCAAAGAAGAAGAGCCUGGCUAUGAUGUUGUUUAUUCUGAUGGUGCAUGUAAAGGAAACGGACAAGUUGGUUCGGUUGCGGGUGUGGGUGUGUGGUGGGGUUGGAACGAUCCUAGAAAUAUCGCCGAACGAUGUCCUGGAGACCAAACAAAUAAUAGGGCGGAGCUCAUUGCAAGUCAUAUCCAACAUGCAAUCGUUCGGACAUUGGAGACCGCGCCAUUCUCUCAGCGUCCUAUCAUGAUAAAAACAGACUCAAUGUACUCCAUACAAUGCUUUGGAUCCUGGCUUCCAAAGUGGAGCGCAAACGGCUUUCGAACGGCCAACGGCCAGUCCGUCAAGAACGCCGAGCUGAUCAGGUACUUGGCGGCAUUGCUAUAUGUCCGGGAACAGGCAGGACCAAAAGUCGUGUUCAAGCAUGUCAGAGGUCACGUUGGAAUCGAAGGCAACGAGUGCGCCGACCGAUUAGCUAACGAUGGUACUCUACAACCAGAGCUGCCGGAACGGGAUUGGGAGCAGCUAACCCGUGACUUGAAAAAGAAGCCAAGGACGUCAGGGACGGUACCUGAGCCAGUCAAGGUAACUGGCAAGCUGGUCGCAUAG